GGCAUCUGAGUCACACCUGCUGGUUACUCGGGUUGUGGAACCGUACGCCUGACAACCAGCGCUCCCUCCAGGAAAGUGAUUCAGAAUACGAAGUCAGCAAACGGACCACAAGAUAAAUACGUCCGGAAGACGAUGGGUGGCCUGUUCAGUUCACGGUGUCGCAGCAAAGCUCGGCUAGACGGCAAGACGGCCAUCAUCACUGGCGCCAAUACAGGCAUUGGCAAGGAGACAGCGAUGGACCUGGCGCGCAGAGGAGCGACAGUUGUGCUGGCGUGCCGAGACGAGCAGAAGGCGGAGGCGGCGGCGACAGAGCUGCGGAGGCGGCUGCAGAGCUACCAGGGAGCCGGAGAGGUGCGCGUCCAGAGGCUGGACCUCUCGUCGCUGACCUCGGUGCGAGACUGCGCGCGCCGCCUGCUCGACCAGCACCCCAACAUACACCUGCUCAUCAACAACGCGGGCGUCAUGGCGUGUCCACACAGCCUGACGGAGGACGGCUUCGAGAUGCAGCUGGGCGUCAACCACCUGGGCCACUUCCUCUUCACCUGCCUGCUGCUGCCCAGGCUGCGCGCCUCUGCUCCUGCUAGGAUCGUCGUCGUCUCUUCCCUAGCUCAUCGCAAUGGAUCUAUCAAUUUCGACGAUCUGAUGUGGGAGAAAUCGUACAGUGCAGUGGGCGCCUACGGACGUAGCAAGCUCGCUAAUAUCUUGUUUGCCAAAGAACUGGCAAAGCGACUGGAAGGUUAG